UAGCCCCCCGAGCACGGCCAAAAAGGCGCCCCAGCAGCGCAGCGGCAGAUCGAUCACAGCUCAGCCUCCCUCCGCGAGCGAGCUCCUACCGCUCCGCCAGCUUCGCCCUCGGAAUCGGCUGCCAGCGAAGAGCCGGGAGCGGUCGUGCUACGCGCCGCGAGAACGAGAAUGCUGCACCGGUGCGGCCUCCUCCCGUGCUUCCGCGGCGACAGUGGUGAGGCGGGCCGGCUCGACCCCCGCGUCGCGGACGAGCCGGGCGCCGGCGCGUCGUCCGUGCCGGCCGGCAAGGGCGGCGGCGGGGCGGCCAGGCGGUUCGCGUGGGCCGAGAUCGAGUCCGUCACGGCGGGCUUCUCGUCCCGCGUCAUCGGCCAGGGCGGCUUCAGCACCGUCUACCUCGCUUGCCUCUCCUCCUCCCGCCUCGGCGCCGUCAAGGUGCAGCGCAGCAGCGAAAGGCUCCACCGGGCGUUCUGCCAGGAGCUCGGCGUGCUCCUCUCGCUCCGCCACCCGCACGUCGUGCGCCUGCUCGGCUACUGCGACGAACGAGAUGAGGGCGUCUUGGUGUUCGAGUACGCCCCGAACGGCGACCUCCACGAGAGGCUCCACGGCCGCGGCAAGCCGGCGCUCCCGUGGGCGCGCCGCAUGGCGAUCGCGUUCCAGGUCGCCAUGGCGCUCGAGCACCUCCACGAGGCCCGCGACCCGGCGGUGAUCCACGGCGACAUCAAGGCCUCCAACGUGCUGCUCGACGCCAGCCUCGACGCCAAGCUCUGCGACUUCGGCUUCGCGCACGUCGGCUUCUCCGCCGCGCUCCAGCCGCCGCCGGAGGCCGCGGCGUCCAGGGCGUCCGCGCGCCCCGUCAUGGGCUCCCCGGGCUACGUCGACCCGCACUUCCUCCGCUCCGGCGUCGCCACCAAGAAGAGCGACGUCUACAGCUACGGCGUCCUGCUGCUGGAGCUCCUGACCGGGCGGGAGGCCAUCUGCGCCGACACGGGGUCCCGGCUCACCGCCGCCGUGGGGCCCACGCUCAGCGAAGGGAAAGUGGCUGACGUGGUGGACCGGAGGCUAGGAGACGAGUACGACGCCCACGAGGCCGCGACCGUGGCGUCGCUCGCGCUCCGGUGUGUCAGCGACGGCCCCGGCCUCCGGCCGUCCAUGGCGGAGGUGGUGCGCGAGCUCCAGGAGAAGACGACGGCGCUGAUCGCCGCCGCCGGUAGCAAACCGGCCGGCAAGUCGCCUUCAUGAAUCAUGAGCUGUACGAUGCAGGCUGUAAAUACCAGUAGCUUUGUUUAGGGAUGGUAGAUGGUAAAGAUAAUGUUUUUUACUCAGUUUGUUUAGUAAUUUGUUAAUGUGGUAGUGGAUUAGCAGUUGUUGAAGCAUUCGGAUCACGUAGAAAAGUUUUCGUGAUGUCAGGGUUGGUUGUAGUUUGUAGAGGUUUUGCAGUGGCUCGUUAAUCAAAUCGCCAACUUGGUCUUGUCCGUU